AACACAUCUCCCAUUAUGAAGUGGGCCUGAAGGUGGGAGUGAAGACACCACUGCUAUUCAGACCCCCACCCUCAUCUUCCAGCAGUGAGGGGAGGACAUCAAAGUUCUCAUGGCACCAAGGAUUCAAGCAAUGGGGUAAUGGAGAUCCUGGGCAUUUAUUUCCUCACCAGAGAAAGCUACGUGAGGCCCCAGGAGUCACUACGGCCAUAGUGAUGUAGAAAGUUUCAGCAGCUGGAGUGUUGGUUCUCCUGUGCCUGUGUAAUGCCACCCUCCACACCCUCCUGCCUGCUGUGGUCCCAGACAGACAGCAGUUCUCACCUUCUAUCAAGAAACUGAUCUCCACCAACACAUCACAGCUCCCAAAAGCCAUCAGGAUUUGCCCUUAGCAGUGUCGUAAGCUUCCUUAUAAGGACAACUUUUAGCAGAACCUGUCCUAGAAACAAUUUUAUUCAAAGUGUUGAUGAGCUUGAGUCAAGAACUGCUGUAGCACGGACUUCACUGUCUGGGAUACUGUGACCUGCACAAUGUUUUACUCCUCCUGAAGGUGCAAAAGGGAAACUUGGCUGCUUCAUUUAAUAACCUGUUCCAAGAGUUCUAAGACAUAAGCAAAAUGAAGGAAAUGCCUGGAUGAGCAGCAUCUGUAUCUCCCCAGCAAGAGUUUGCUCUUGGAUGUCUGGCAGAGGAGAAGGAAGAGAGCGUUAUUUCUUCAAGAGAGAAAACUCUAGGAAACUAAAGAGAAGAGAGAAGAGAAUCUCAAAUGGUGACGGUUUUUUUCAACCUCAUCUACACCUCAAUUUUAAGACAUUUUAUAAUAUUUAAGAAUUAGCAGAGAGGUUACAAGAUAGAAAUUAGAAACUACCAAAGACUGUUCAUUUAAAAGUAUCUAUUGUCCAUGAAAUCCAGCUGAAAGGCUCUAUCAGUUACUAAAACAUCCCUGGAAGCCAACUGCUUUCAAAAAGACCUCUACCACUAGCCUAAGAUGGUGCCACUAGCAUAUUAUGAUCAACCCUUUGUGCCAUUAGCACACUCUUACCAACUGGCCACAACCAACUCAUUAACACCUCAAUGUACGGGUGAAAAACUAAAUCAACCCAAUGACCAAUCUGUGGUCAGAGUUCAAUCUCAUAAUGAUAACCCUGCAGCUCCUCCACUAAACUCCAACCAGAAGGUGCAGAGAUCCUCAAUAUUGCCCUCUGCCAAGUCUCAGGACACAAUUUCACCGGGCUUCUACAACAGGGUUUUAAAAUCACCAUUGCCCCACUCCGAACGUCAGGCCACACCUUCAUUAAACCUCCCCUGGAGAACUUCAUUGCGGCCUAAUCAGAGAACCCUGAACUCACCUUUUUUUCAUCCCAAACCUCAGACGACAUCUUCGCUUGACCUUAAGAAGACAUCGACAUCACUGGAGCCCAGUCAAACAGCCUUGAGAUCACAAUUACCCUUCCCCAAAACUUGGAAAACAUCUUCCCCAGACCUUUGCUGGACGUCACCUUCACUGAAGUCUAAUCAAAGAGUCUCCAGUUCAUCAUUAUCCCCCUUCAAAUAUCAAGAAACACCUUCCCUAGACAACCUGUGGACAUCACCUUCUUUGGGACCCAAUCAAAGAGCCCUUAACUCAACAUUACCUCACACUAAGACUGAGAAAACAUUUCCAUUGAACAGUCUUUGGACAUCUUUAUUAGAGCACAACCAAAGAUCUUUGAGCUCACCAUCACUGAACUCGAUACCUCAAACAAACGAUGUGCUUCACUCAUCACCUUCAAUGGAGCCCAGUCAAAUGGCUCUGAGCUCACAGUUACCUGACUCCAGACCUCGGACAAUACCUAUAUUGAGCUCUAAUUCCAGUAUUCUGAGCUUAUCAUUGUCUAAUUCAAAAUCGAAGCUGUCACCUUUACCACAUUCUGUCCACCAGACUCAGAGUUUGCCACUGUUCCGGCCCAAACCUCAGACGAUGCUUACACUUGAUCGUGACGUCAGGACUCUGAGCUCACCAAUUUGUCACUCCAAGUUUCAGAACACCAUUUCACCAAAUGACAAAUACAGAGCCACAGGUUUAUCUUCUCCUUAUCCCAAACUGAACGUCUCAGGUCGAUCCUUAUCAAGCUCCACACACCGCAUCAGGAACAAAGCUGCUUCAACACUGGGCUCCAGACUCCUGAGUAAGAGCAGUUUUGAUUUUCGUGCAAAGACAGAACCAAAUAAAGAAAUUCCAUGGACUUUAGAUUAUAUUUAUCCCUGCAUUGUUAAAGGUGGAACUAUCCCUGAUGAUGUUCUCAAUAAAAUUGUCAAUUCUCUCUCCAAGAACAGGAUCCAGAGGGAUCUCUCUAGGCAGAUUCUCUUUCGAAGGAUGAGGGGAAGGCCCAAUCCUCAUCCUGGUCCCCGCCUGUCAUCAAGCUAUGUGGUUUGUUUAGCUUGUGCUUCCUGCAUAAAAUCUCAGUGUAACCAUCUUACAGGAAGGAAAGAUCCUCGUAGUGCAACACUGUUUGUCAUACCAACACCUGAGCCUAGUUCUGAGGGGAAAAUAAAGGUGAAGUUAGUUCUUAUCCUUUGCCUACCACAGACUUCUUUCUCAUCUUGUCUCCCAUGCCCUGUGAAAGAAAAUCAGCCAGAAGAAAGCUCUGAAGACAACUUUGAAGAAGUGGAGAAGAUAUCACAAUUUUCCCCUCCAUCUGAACCUGAUAUUACCCAGGGGUUAAAUAUGAAGACAACACGGCUGACAGUAGCCCGUGAAAACAAAGUUGUAAGCCAACAGCCCCAAGCUGUUGACUGGCUGCUUUAUGUUAAGAAAAGUAGCAAUUCUCUGCCAAAGCCCCUGCUCUCAGCCUCUUCCUCCUCCACAUCCUCCUCCUCAUCCUCCUCUUGUUCAUCUUCUUUUUCCUCCUCUUCCACUUCACCUCAUCCUUCCAAAGAGUCUACCACAUCUACCCUCUCAGGUUGUGUGUUCACUAAGGUACUUGGUGAUCACAAGUUGCCUCCAGGGGUUUCCUGGCUUGAGUUUAUAUGUAGUAAAAAUCACCAGCCACUUCCUGGAAAACCACAUCCAAGUCAAUCACCACCUCCCCAAAUAAGGCCUGUGAGGAGUAGCACCCCAGGAAAAGGGCCAAAGGGGUCAAAGAUACUGUUCAAACUUUUCCAGACAAAGUCUCAAAAUGAGAAAAGUCUUGAUUAAAUUAACUUUUUUUAAAAAGAGAUUAACCUCUUAGUUCUUUGAAACUAGAGUUUGAUUUCCUGUUAUACUUAUUAUAAUUCUUAGUAAUAAUUGUGUGACUCUAUUUUAGCUGAUGAAGCACCUAGUUAAGGGGAACUAUUACUCCUAAGUCUAUUUUCUAGAUAAAUAAUAGACCACGAUCUCCUAGGAGCCAAAACUGACUCCUAUGUUUUUAACCAAAAGCCUGGCUUAUAGUAGCCACUAUAUAAUCAUUAUUAGAUAAAUUAAUCGUAACCGACCAUAGACCAGAAAUACUUCAUCUGUCUUGCCCUGAACAGUAUCUAGCUCAUUGUUAUUCUCUUUCCUCAUAAGACAUGAUAAUGACAGUAUCCUUAAGCCAAUUUAUGCUAAUCUAUUUCCCUAUCUCCAAAGAAAAUUCAGAUCAUGUUCAACAGGUAGGAAUAGAUAGAGAGAGGAUUCUCUUCAGUUAUGUGUUCCUAGGGAAAAUUCUUCUGUGCUAAGAUCUCACACUCUGAAGUACAAUGAUUUAUUCAACCUUAGUUAACAAAUCUCAGGACAGAAUAACUAACUGGUACAGAUAACCCUACCACAUGCUGACUGUGACAAUAGUUAAAUUAUGGUCUCUAAAGUCACCUGUUCAUUACUUCUAUCUGUACAGCCAAAAUGGGUUAAUAAAAAUGUUU